AUGGUUAUCAACCCUACACACCUUGCGCAGCGGACGCGCCAAUCGGUCAAUUGGGCGGAUGCUCAACGGAGGGUCUUGAAGAACUACCGGGAAUGGAUCAGAUCUGCACCCGAGAUCCAAACCAUGUAUUCCCUCAAUAUCCCGGUUUCAGCGUUGAGGACGAAAAUUCGGCAGGAGUUUGAGAGGCAUCGAUACGUGAAUCAGAUACAGGUGGUGGAUACGCUUCUCUUUCAGAGCCAUGCAGAAUACCAGGUUCGUAGAUAUCUUCCUUUACCAUUCGGAGGAGAAGGCCGCAAGGAACCAGGCUAUGAACGCCAAGGGGAUGAUUGGAUAAUCUCGACACACUCCAGGAUCCAAGUUGUGUACUCGAGGAUCCAAGAUGCGUUGGAAGAAACUCUGAACUACUGGAAGCAACUACCGCACAUCCUCAAAUACUUUCGCGCAGAGGAAGAUGUCAAGGCACGCCGCCCAACAAACUUCAUGAAUGGAUUCCUCGAGGCGAGUCUUUACCGCCCCACUACCUCCCUAUCACAGACUAACGACGAGGAUACAGGGUCGCAACUGAGUGUUCCUUGUUGUUUCAUAGCCUUUUGUACAUUUGCCUUCCGAAUGGACCAGAAUCAAAACUCCGCAGUUUUCCAUGCCUGA